UCGCGCCUCUCCUCCGAGCCCUUCUCCUUCUCCUCUGUCACCUCCAAAACUAUCUCCCUCAAUAGUCCAAUACACCCCUUCUGAAUAGCGCGUUUGUUUGAUGUCUUGAUUGGCAUCAGAUGAACCUGCAGUUGCGCUUUCACUUUUUCCCCCGAUCCCCCCACUCCAAAGGCUUCACCUAAAUGCCUGGAUCUAUCUACAACAACUUAUACACGAACUUUAUCCGUUCUGGGUUCACCAAGUCCUUCACCCACGGCUACGCGCAGUCCGUCGUAGCUGCCACCCACCCUCAUGUUCUAAACUCCCAGAACCGGCCGUCCUUUGCGGCCCGGAAACGCCAGACCACAACCCGUCUCAGCCGCCUCCAGCAGCUUCAGAGCGCCUUCCACACCAGCGCCCACCACUCCUCCAGCCUCCCCACCGAGCACCGUCAUGAGAAGCUUGCCAACAACCAUGGAGGGCUAGAUGCCUACUUCGAGAACCUCCAGAAGAAGGAGGCCACCGACGACGCCGAGGAGAACGAGUGGGUGCAGUUUCGCUUCCAGGACAAGAUCGAAUGGAAGCCCUCGCCUGCUUCCAUCCUGAUCGGCUCCGAGGCACGCGCUCUCGAGGCAAAGGAUGCUGAUGAAGAUGGCCUCAGCGUGUCCGCCCUCUCGGAAGAGGAGCAGGCCGCAUUGGCUCACAUCGAUGCUGCUCUUUCCAAGGAGAUCGAGGCCAGGCAGCAUGGGGACGCCGAGAACACCGGCGUGUCCAGGGCACCGACACCCCCCCUUGAUGAGGCCGCUGAACCUCUCUCGCCGGCAAGCCUCGCCCGCUCCGCCACACCACCGGUCGACCCGCAAUCCCAGAGCUACGCCGACCACCUGACCAAGCUCUCCGAGACUGGACGCUAUGCCAAAAUACCAGCUGUUUUUGAGGCCAUGUUGGUCGCCAGCAUCCAACCCUUGGCCACCUCGUACAAUGCCCUUCUCAUGGCCGCUAUUCACCUGCCGGCCGAGAAGAUUGAGAUUGUCUCCAAGGCCCUGGAUGUUUACACGGACAUGAUGCGCCGAAAGGUUGCCCCGGACAGCGACACUUAUAACAUCCUCGUCGGUUUGCUGGCCGCUCGAUCGCUCGAGGUCUCUUCCUUGAAGAAGAGGCUCGAGGAUAAGCGCGCUCGUUAUGGCGGCAUGGACGAGCCUGGCAAGUUUAUGUUCGCAUCCUCCGAACUCGAACACGCCAUUCUCUCCGAGGAUGACCGUCUCGACUUGGCCAUUAAGCUCUUCAAGAACUCGGUUGCCUGCCAGCGGGAUGUGUUCUCACCCGAGACCUACCACCAGCUCAUCUCAGCCUGCGCCCAGUCUGGCCGUCUCUCUGACAUGCUCCACCUUUACGAGCACAUGGAGACCAACAAGGCCACGCCUUUCGCUGCAACAUUCCCGGCAAUGAUCACUGCUUUCGCUAACUGCGGAGAUCUGGUCAGCGCUGUCGAGUGCUACAGCGAGUACCGGACUCUGGCCAUCGCCAAUGACAAUGGCGAGCCCACUCUGAAGGACCGUCUGGAUGCUCAGGUCUAUGCCUCAGUCAUUAACGCCUAUAUCGUCUCGGACAAGCUUGAGGGUGCCAUGAAGUUCUACAAGAAGAUCGUACAGGAAUAUGGCGUGCGUGCUGCAAGCAUCAAAGAUGCCAUCAUCAGCCUCGGUUUUGUCAAGGGUCUGGUUCACCGGGGUAUCUACUUUGAGGCUCUCCGGUGGGCUCAGGCCAUCGAAGAUGAGUCGCGGGCCCAGUCCAUGGCCGAGCUCACAGUGUCUUCGGCGGACAACGGCGACAAGCACACGGCCCUCGCUGCGUUUGCGAACAUCCCCGUCAACUUCAAGGACAUCGCCACCCCAGCAAGUGCCCUCCUCGCACUCUGCAUUCGUGGUGGUGAGGUCAUGGAGGCAUGGCGGUACUGGCAGAUCCUCAGCAGCCCUGAGGCUUCUGUGAACCCCUCGUUCAUCGAGCCAACCGCCAUGUUCGCAGUGGCAUUGAUUGGCUCCGGUCAAGUUGUUGAAGGUCUGAACGAGGCCGAGGCGAUGUUCCACCGGAUACGCUCAUCCAAGCCGGACGACGUUCAACUAGCAGCCGAGGUCGAGGAGGGCAUGGAUUUCGUCUCACGGUACAUGACCUCCCGAGGCAUCACUGAUCCCCGCGAUUCGACCGUCUCUCCGACUAGUGCUCCCUCGCCGUACCAGUCACAGUCAGCCCCGUCCGCGUCGAGCUACGAAGACACUUUCGACCCAUAUGCGCAUAACACCGACUUCAAAGGCUCAUCUCUCAUAUCUGAUGAGCUCGAAGGUGCUCACGGUCGCAAGGGCCCCAAGUUGAACGAUGCCCUUGCUCGGUUCCGCAACAUGCGCCGAGCUGGUCGACACCCCCGGUACAUCACUUAUGCCAAGCUCAUCUCAGCCGCUGCCCGCGAGGGCAAGAUGGAGACUUGCAACGACAUCCUCAACAUGGCUCGCACUGAUGUGCCAUUGCUACCUCAAUUUGCCGUUGUUCGUUACGGGUGGUCAUCGAUCCUGGACUCAAUGCUGGGUGCCUGCCUCAGCCUGGGCCACAGAGGCCAGGCCGAGCAGUACCACCAAGAGCUAUUGGAUAUGGGUGCAACCCCGUCUGCCAACACCUUUGGUCUGUACAUCACCACGCUCAAGGAGUCUACCAAAACUUUUGACGAGGCUUCCGAGGCGGUCAAGAUCUUCCACCGCGCCAAGGCCGAGGGCGUUGAGCCGAGUUCAUUCCUCUACAACGCCCUCAUCGGUAAGCUUGGCAAGGCUCGCCGCAUCGACGACUGCCUCUUCUUCUUCGCUGAGAUGCGUGCCCUUGGUAUCAAGCCGACCUCCGUCACCUACGGCACCAUCGUCAAUGCCCUAUGCCGCGUGUCUGACGUCAAAUUCGCCGAGGAGCUCUUUGAUGAGAUGGAGGCAAUGCCGAAUUACAAGGCUCGUCCUGCGCCCUACAACAGCAUGAUGCAGUUCUUCUUGACCACCAAACGCGACAAGUCCAAGGUCCUAGCAUACUACGCACGCAUGAAGGCCAGGGGCAUCUCGCCCACUGCGCACACUUACAAGCUGCUCGUCGACACUCACGCGACCCUUGAGCCUGUGGAUAUGCAGGCCGCGGAAUCCGUUCUGGAUAGCAUCCGCGCCAGCGGCGGCAAGCCGGAGGCUGUGCACUUUGCUUCUCUGAUCCACGCCCGCGGUUGUGUCUUGCACGACAUGGCUGCAGCUCGGAAGACCUUUAACCAAGUCAUCAACGACCGCAGCAUUACCGCGACGGCGUCCCUCUUCCAGGCAUUGUUCGAGAGUAUGGUGGCCAACCAUUGUGUUUCCGACACUGAACCACUUCUCAUGGAGAUGCGUCGACGGAAAGUCGAGCUGACCCCUUACAUUGCCAACACUCUGAUCCACGGAUGGGCUUCCGAGGGCAACAUCGCCCGUGCUGAGGACAUCUAUGGUGCGGUUGGUCGUGACCGCCGGGAGCCGAGCACAUAUGAAGCAAUGACCCGGGCCUAUCUCUCCGUCGAGGAUAGGGAAAAGGCGAGGUAUGUCGUGUCAGAGAUGAUGGGACGGGGCUACCCAAGUGCGGUGGUCGGAAAGGUUGUCGAGCUUGUCGGUGGCGGUGAGCAGGAGGCUGCAGUUGCGGCUGUUUAAGUUGCCUGCUCCCAAGGCGUACACUAACUCCAUCGCUCCUGUUUUUCUAUUUCCUUUGUGUCGCGCCUCUGAUUUACCGUCUUGUUUGAUACCCCUCGAUACGGUGCGUGGAACAACAAUGGGGGAUGAUGACGGACGAGAAACGAUGUCCGGUGGAAGUACAAGAGUGACGGGAUGUCGGUGUUCAUGAGGCCGGCAUGUGUUGGCUAUUUCCUUACUGUCGUAUUUUCCUAUGUCUUUGUCAUCACAGCGGGCGUUGGUAUCGUGUUGGAAAUCGGUUCAAACGGCCGCGCCCACGAGGCAUGAUGGAUGGCCCAGGAUGAAAAGGUCUUAUUGUUUGGUCAAUUGGUUGGGUCUGGCUGCCCGACCUGGUGAGGUUAUUGUCGUGCCCGGACAGAAGGCAGGUCCGGGGCGGGAUACUUGUUAUUUAUUUUUGUUUUCGAAGCAGUCGAGGCACGUUCUUCCUGCUUGCAUCUGUCGUCAAAGGCGGCAUAUAGACAAAUCUCCACUCUGCAUAUCAGCAAGAAAAAGACAUGGACAUAUUACAAGCGGUGGCGAACGGGACGGGAUUUUGGGCAAUGGCGGCUGGUCUCGGGUCGGUUGGUCGGUCAUCAUCUUGGCUGGGAGGACUGGCUAUCAAGGCAGGCAGGCAUCUAGAAACGAUGGAAUGCUGGACAGGUCAUGUCGCCUGUGUAUAUUACAUAGAACCAUCGCUGAUAAUGAUAAAUGUCCAAUGACAAGUUGGAUCUUGUCCAGGCACAUAUAUGAGUCAUCUAUUCAGAGUAUCAGGCUUGGGUGAUUAUAUCAAUCCAAGACCCUUUCGAGCUCGGGCUGG